AUGGCUGACGAGUACGCAGACUUGAAGCAGAUGUCGCAGCAGCAGCUGAAGCUGAUGGAGGCUCUGACCGUCAAGCUAUCCAAUUCAUCCAUGGGCCAAUCAAGCGCGGCUGGUGGUUCACAAUCUGUUUAUCACAUUGCCGGCAGCAUCACUGAAUUCCUGUAUGACCCGCACGCCCAUAUCACCUUUGAGUCCUGGUACAAACGAUACGAGGACUUUUUCUCUGUCGAUCUGGCUGCCCAGGACGAUGCAUGGAAGGUUCGACUACUUCUUCGCAAACUGGGUGCGGCUGAACACGAGCGUUAUACAAACUUCAUCCUCCCCAAGAAUCCCCGAGAGGUCGCUUUCAAGGACACGGUUGAGACGUUGUCGCAGAUUUUUGGUGAGCAAUCAUCCCUCUUCAACACUCGAUUUCAGUGUCUGCAACUGUGCAAACGAGAUUCCGAUGAUUUCAUCACAUAUGCGGGCAUUGUUAAUCGUGAAUGUGGGCGUUUCCAACUCGGUUCUCUCACUGAAGGCCAGUUUAAAUGCCUUAUAUUUAUCUGCGGCCUCCAGUCCCCCAAGGAUGCUGAUAUCCGGACACGUCUCCUGUCCAAAGUGCAGCAGAACAACUCCACCACAUUCCAAGAGCUGGCAGCAGAGUGCCAAACGCUGAGCAAUCUCAAGCACGACUCUGCAAUGAUUCAGAACCCGGCCUCAUCUUUCUCAGUCCAUUCGGUCACAUCGACUAAAUCGCGGCCCAAGCAAGUGUCCAAGGCGAGAUCUCCGCCAUCCCCUUGUCGACACUGUGGCGCGUGGCAUUUCCACCGGGACUGCACUUCCGCCAGCAUCGCUGCCAAAUCUGUAAUCAGGUGGGACACCGUGAUGGGUUCUGCAAAUCAGUACCAGCUUCUGGAGGCAAGCCAGCCCCCGCCACUCCUAAUUCCAGGCACCGUUUCCGGCCAAAACGCAAGCCCAAACCCCAGUGCGUUGGUAAUUCUCAGAGUCUCUUGGCCGCUUUCCAGCUCAAUACCCACCGCGGUCUGUUCCAAUACACCAGGCUGCCCUUUGGUGUCAAGACCGCCCCGGCCCUAAUUCAACAAACGAUGAACGCAAUGCUCUCCGGCAUCCCUGGCACAGCUGGGUACCUGGACGACAUCAUCAUCGUGGGUCGCUCCCCUGCCGAGCUGCAAGGCCGAGUGGGCGCAGUACUCGAACGCGUGCAGGAGUAUGGCUUUCGCCUACGGGCCGAGAAGUGCCAAUUCUUCCUCGACUCCAUCAAGUACCUUGGAUUCGUUUUUGACGUCACUGGUCACCAUCCAGAUCCUGAAAACAUUCGGACCAUGCAACGGAUGCCUGCACCCAAGAAUGUAUCGCAACUUCGUUCGUUCCUUGGUCUGAUUAGUUACUAUAGCGCCUUCCUACCAUCGCUGCAUGACGUACAGGCCACGCUCAACCGUCUGUUGCAGAAGGAUGCUCCUUGGUGCUGGUCCCCCGACUGUGAAAAGGCCUUCGCCCAGCUAAAGUCGAUGCUGAGUUCAGAUCUGCUGCUCAUGCACUACGACCCGACGCUGCCGAUCGUUGUUGCUGCAGAUGCUUCCAACCACGGAGUUGGUGCCGUCAUCUCACAUACUUUUCCUGAUGGGUCUGAAAAGGCGAUCAUGCAUGCAUCUUGCACGCUAACCCCUGCGGAGAAGAACUAUGGGCAAAUAGAGAAAGAAGCUCUAGCCCUCGUGUUUGCCGUCAAGAAAUUUCACAAACUGUUGUACGGUCGCCACUUCACGUUGUUGACGGAUCACAAACCAUUACUGUCAAUCUUCGGUUCGAAGAAGGGCAUUCCCGUCUACUCAGCCAGCCGACUUCAGCGAUGGGCAACCAUCCUUCUUGGUUACGACUUCGACAUUCGCUACUGUCGUACUGCAGACUUUGGUCAGGCUGACGCCCUUUCUCGCCUCAUCAGCAAUCAGCAGGAACCGGAGGAAGAUACCGUGAUUGCAGCUAUUUCGAUUGAGGACGAUGUGCGCCGUCAGCUAUCAGACGCCAUACGAGGUAUCCCCGUCACUGCCGCGGAUAUCCGACGUGCUACUGAACAGGAUCCUGUCCUCCGCCAGGCCAUCACCUACGUGCAGACCUGCUGGCCAACCACUGCUCUCGCUGGCGAUCUUCGCCAGCUCUUCCUCCGCCGAGCAUCGCUAUCUGUGGUUGACUCCUGCCUCAUGUUUGCAGACCGUGUGGUGAUCCCAUCUUCCCUCCGACCUUCUGUACUACGCCAGUUCCAUGCGGCUCAUCCUGGUGCCAGCCGAAUGAAGUCUAUUGCUCGCAGUUUUGCCUACUGGCCGGGUAUCGACGGCGACAUCGACGACCUGGUUCGACGCUGUUCUCGAUGUCAGCAAGCUGCCAAGAUGCCGCCUCGUCAACCUCCAAUACUCUGGCAACCACCGGAGAGGCCUUGGUCACGCGUGCAUAUCGACUUCGCUGGCCCACUUAACGGAGUCUCCUACCUAAUCUUGGUUGACGCCUACUCGAAAUGGCCCGAGAUUGCUCCGCUGAAUCCAGCAACCGCAUCUUCCACUAUCGCCUUCCUACUAUGCAUCUUUAGCCAGCAUGGUCUACCGGAAGUCCUGGUUUCGGAUAAUGGCUCUCAGUUUACUUCGUCGUUAUUUGAGGAUUUCUGCCGCCAGCACAAAAUCCAGCAUCUUCGCUCCCCGCCAUACCAUUCUCAGUCUAACGGUCAGGCGGAGCGUUUUGUCGACACGUUUACGAGAGCCCUCCUGAAAGCUCGUGGGGAGGGGACCAAGGACGAGAUAGUCCAGGCAUUCCUGUUUUCCUACAGGACAACACUGAACCCGGCGUCCCCUGGUGCCGUUUCUCCUGCCGAAGUGUUGAUGGGCUGA